AUGCCGGAGGAGGCGGAGUGCUUCCACGUGUCAGAGGAGGCAGAGUGCUCCGACGCGCCGGAGGAGGCGGAGGAGGAGCCCCGCCACACGCUGGUCGACGACGCCAUCCGCGAGAUUUUGCUCCGCAUCCCGACGGAUGACCCGGCGAGCCUCGUCCGCACCUCUGCCGUCUGCACCACCUGGUUCGAAAUCAUCUCAGACCCCGCCUUCUUCCGCGACUACCGCGCUUUCCACGGGGCGCCCCCGGUGUUGGGCUACCUCCACAACAAAUCCUACGAAAGCCAUGGCGUCGCCCGAUUCGACCCCACCGGAGCCUUCUGCCCGCUGGUUCGCGACCGCCGCAACUGGCACGCGGCCGACUCCCGCCAUGGCCGCGUCCUCUUCUACACACCCAGAGAGAAGCACACAGAUUUCAUCGUCUGGGACCCCAUCACGGACCGCCGGUGGGGGUUUCUCACCGACCCCAAGCUGUCGGAGAUAAUUGAGACUGCAGAGGACCAGCAGGAGGAGAUAACCUGGAUGGCCGCGGUGCUCUGCGCCCAGGAUGGCUGCGACCACCUGAACUGCCACGACGGUCCCUUCCUCGUGGCCUUCGCGGGCUCCAAUGAGUUAGAGAGGACCAUGUUCGCCUCCUUCUACUCAUCCGAGGCUGCCGAGUGGAGCAAAAUGAUCUCCAUUGAGAACCCGAAUGCCACCAGUGCCAUGGAGGAAACAGGGCACACUGCGGUUGUGGGAAACAAAGUCUAUUUCCCCCGCGAAUCGAGCAGAAGAAUAGUGGUGUAUGACGUGGGCGAGCAAGAACUUUCGGCGAUCAAUUUGCAGGACCAGCCAUGCGGUAAACUCAUGGGGGAGGAGGACGGCGCACUGGUGUUUGCGAGUAUGGGGGAUUCUAAACUCUAUUUGCGGUUAAUGGAGGAUGGUCCCAAUGGAGUUGUGGCAAGGGGGCAACGCAGGGUCGUUGAGCUUCAAACAUCGCUCCCUCCUAGUGCCCUCUCGAGCACAUACUGGAUGGUACGCAAAACCUUCGUGAGUGGUGGACCCUCGCUGGUUGGUUUCGCGAGCGGUGCUGGUGUCAUCUUCCUCAAUACAGAAGCUGGCCUGUUCACAAUUGAGGUCUGUUCUGGCCAAACAAAGAAGGUACACAGAAAGAUGUUCGUCCAGACAGUCAUACCCUAUGUGAGCUUCUACAGUCGAGAACAUGUCAGGAUCGUAAUGCCACUGCAAUCAAAACGUGGUUGUGGUGAUCAUCCACAUGAAUCGGACACUAUUUUGCAUGAUCACGUUGGGGACGGGAUGCCACUGCCAUGAGAUGGGCCAUCCAUCCAUCACGAAGAACCUGCUGCCGUUUCACAAUGGUAACAUUAUGAUUGAUGACAUAACCAUUAAUCUUAUUAACCUGUACAACAGUGAUCCAUCUAUACUGCAGUAGCUUGUCAUGUUUGAUGCCACCGCUAGACCAUUAUGCCAUGUAGAUGAAUUCUGGAGCUGCAUGGAUGCUGUCCAAGUUUCUGUGGAGAAAUGCUUGGAGCCUUUGUGAGUAUGAUGUGAAGUAUUGAACUUUGGACGUGGUUUCAGAGGAGCAGUCGGUUCUGUGGGAUACAGAGAAAUGGUAGCUUUGUAUCCAAGUGUUCAGUUAGUCCAGCGUCACUAUAAAUACAAGAUUGUUAAUUCUGUUAUGACUUGUGACAAACUGUUUGCGUUGUGCUCUGAGUGAGACUUGUUAAUUUGUGUUGUGACAACUGCAUGCUCUCCUGGCAACACAUAAG